CCGCGGGGCAGGCGGCUUCCCAAGGCGAAGGGGGCCGUGCGCCCGCCCGCCUUCCACCCAGCGCCGGCUGCGCGGGCUCCCGGACACCGCAGUGCCCAUGCCAGGCAGCAGUCAAGGGGCGCUCAGCGGUCUGGACCGGCGCGCCUUCACACGAGAAGGAGGAGGCGGCGCCGGCGGCCGCCCCUGCUGCUGCUGCAGCUGCGCCGGGAUGGCCGUGCAGGAGGCGAGGCGCUCGGCUGCGGCGCGGCUGCUGCCCCACGAGCAGGCGGGCGGAGUCCAAAGCAGUAAGGCCCGCCGCGGGAUGCGGCUCACCCCAACACAGAGCAACCGGGGCGCGGGCUGUGUCGCCGGAGGGUCCCGUGAAAAAGGCUUCAAGCGCUCGGGGGACGGUCCCUGCUCGAGGAGAGGGCGCGGUGGGCGGCGCGCAAAUCCCCCCCCGCUGCUGCCAGGAGCGGCCGCGGCGCGGACCCUCUUCUGCAAAGCGCCGGGCGGAACGGCGGGCAGAGUCCAGGAAGGGCGGCCCCGGAUCCUAGCGCGGCUCCAGCCCGGCCACACUCAGCAAGGGAACCCUCGCCGCAGGGCUGCGCGGCACCAACGGCAAUGACGGCUGGGCGGCGGAGGACCCCACCGGGCAGCGACGGCCCAGCGCCAGGAGGAGCAGCGCGACCGGGUCUGCCUCCGUGGCUCCAGGCGGCGCGGGGACGGGGCGGGCUGGGGUCUCCGCCGGAGGUACAGGCGCCCACUAGGCGACGACGCAGCAGCAGGCGGGGGCGGGCCCCACUCCGGCCGCCAGGGGCCCGAUCCUGCUGCUCAGCUGUGGGGACGCAGGACCACGCGAGGAGGAGGAGGUCUCGGGCACGCGGAGGUGGGGCGUUUGGCGGGGAGCGCGCACGGCUCCAUCCGCGCACUGAACUAACUCUCAGCCUCUCUCUCUGUGGCCCCGCCCUCCUACUCAGCCGGGCACUGGCCACGCCCCCUCCUCCGCCUCCCUCCUCCGCACGCCCUCCCGCACAGGGCGCGCGCGGGACAUUGUGGGUCGGCGUCGUUGGUGGCGGCUGCAAUAUGGCGCCGCAUUGAGAGUAACGAAGGGGCUCCCCUGAGGAGAGCGCAACCACCUUCUUUUCCCGCCAUGCUGGCGCGGCUGCUGCUGCUCCCGCGGCCGGGGGCGCUCGCCGGGGGGCGCGGCUACCGCUCAUGCCGCCUGACAAGGGCGGCCAAGAAGGGGUCUUUUCGGGCCUUGCUCGUUGCCAGGGACUCAGGCAGCCAUGCCAGGUUCUCUUGCCUCCUGCAGGCUCCCAGCAGCCUGGCCAAGCUAUCCCCAGCUGUACUGCUGCUCUUGCCCCGCAGCCUCCUCCCAUUGGGCCGGGUGGCCGCCCUAGUGGCAGGGCCGGCCUUGGUGGGGCUAGGAGCGAGCUUCUGCGGGCAGGUCUUCUGCCAGGAGGCCCAGAGGAUUGAGGUGGUAUGUGUCCCCCCGCCCGUGGAGAAGGAGCCAGACUUUGACUGGGCCACGUUCUGGAGGUUCCUGCGUCCGCAGAUGCUGGCGCUGGUGGCGGCCGUCUUGUUUGCAUUGGGAGCUGCACUCCUCAACAUCCAGAUCCCACUGCUGUUGGGCAAGAUGGUGAAUGUGGUGGCCCAACACAUGCGUCUUGGCGAUUACCUGCGCUUGGGGUUGAUGACCUUUGGGUAUAUCUUGCUGCUCUCAUGGAUUGGGGAGAAGGUGGCUAAUAGGAUGCGCAAACAGCUUUUUGCUUCCUUCCUCAGACAGGAAGUGGCCUUCUUUGAUGCCAAUCAGACGGGACAGUUGGUGAAUCGCCUGACGACAGACAUCCAGGAAUUCAAGUCCUCCUUCAAGCUUAUCAUCUCUCAGGGCUUACGCAGCCUCACCCAGACAGUAGGCUGUUUUAUGACUCUCUACAUGAUCUCACCAAAGCUGACGGGGCUGCUGGUUGUGGUGAUGCCCUUUUUGGUGGGGACUGGGGCCUUCAUUGGCGCCUCUCUGCGCAAGCUUUCACGCAAAGCCCAAGAACAGGUGGCCAAGGCCACAGCGGUGGCAGACGAGGCUUUGGGCAACGUCCGGACUGUGCGCGCCUUUGCCAUGGAACCCAAAGAGCUCCAGCAGUACGGAGCUGAGGUGGAUCAAGCCAGCCGCCUCAACAUGAACCUGGGGCUGGGCAUUGCAUUCUUCCAAGGGCUCUCCAACGUGGCACUGAAUUGUAUUGUGCUAGGCACCAUCUUUGUAGGUGGCUCCCUCAUGGCUGGGGAAGAGCUGGCGCCUGGAGACCUCAUGUCUUUUUUGGUUUCCUCACAGACAGUGCAAAGGUCCAUGGCCAGCAUGUCCAUCCUGUUUGGGCAGGUGGUGCGGGGAAUGAGCGCUGGGGCCCGUGUGUUUGAAUACAUGACUGUACCACCAGAGAUCUCUGUAUGUGAGAGAGAGCAGCUUGCGUGUAGCAUGCUGAGUGGGCGCAUUGAGUUCCAGGAUGUCUCUUUCAGUUAUCCCACACGGCCAGGCCACCAAGUUCUGAGAAAUUUUUGCCUCAGCAUCCCUGCUAACAAGACAGUGGCUAUCGUGGGACAGUCUGGUGGAGGGAAAUCUACUGUGGCAGCCCUCUUGGAGCGCUUCUAUGAGCCAACUGAAGGCACAAUCUUUCUGGAUGGUCAUGAUAUCUGCACUCUUGACCCUGCCUGGCUCCGUGGGGAGAUCAUUGGCUUCAUUAACCAGGAGCCGGUGCUGUUCAGCACAAGCAUCAUGGAGAACAUCCGCUUCGGCAAGCCUUGUGCAUCAGAUGCUGAGAUCUAUGCUGCGGCUCGCCUUGCCAACGCUGAUGAAUUCAUCCGCAGCUUUCCUGAUGGCUACAACACUGUUGUGGGUGAGCGCGGGGUGACCUUGUCUGGAGGGCAGAAGCAGCGGGUGGCCAUUGCCCGGGCCCUUGUCAAGAAUCCCAAAGUCCUGAUCUUGGAUGAGGCCACAAGCGCCCUGGAUGCUGAAUCGGAGCACGUGGUGCAAGCAGCUCUGGAUCGGGCGGUGGCUGGCCGCACCGUGCUGGUCAUUGCCCAUCGUCUCAGUACGGUGAAGGAAGCGGACCUCAUUGUGGUGCUGUCAAAGGGGCACGUGGCUGAGGCUGGGACACACACUGAGCUACUCCGGAAGGGUGGAAUCUACGCAGAGCUGAUCCGACGCCAAACCAAGGACGGAGUUUAAAGUGGGAAAGCUUGCUUAAUUGCCGAGAGGAAGUAUUAUUGCCAGAGAGGCAGUUGCUGCUUGGCCUGCCCCAUUUCACUCAGGAGCUUAUUUGAAUACUGAUGCAAUCCCAGCUGAGUUGGUUUGUAGGGGUGUAGAGGAUGAAGCCCAGAGCCUGUUGCCCUGAGGUCUAGUGUUGUAAAGUUUCCUCUAUAACCUCUGCCUGACUCCCAACACUGAACAGAGCUUUAUAUCAUUUGAACUUGUGUUCUUCAAAUACAGUAUUUUUCUGUUUGGA